AUGUCCCCCCAUGUCGGUCAAGGAGUGAGCAUGGCCCUGGAAGAUGUCUUCCUGCUCUCACGGGUACUAGAACUGGAAUCAUUCGCCUCUUCCAGUUCCUUAUCAGCGGCCUUUGACAAAUUCGACGAGAUUCAGAGACCGCGUGUCGAAAGGUUCGCCAAACUCGCCGCUAGCCGGCUGAGAAAGAAAACCGGUUCCAGGGAACAGUGGCUCAAAAAGCUCCUUUUCUGGGCCGGGCUGAAAGCUAUCAAAUGGACGUCUCUGGAUAGAGGGAGAUUCGGGGAGGGGGACUUGGUUUACGAUGUUGACGAGAUCCAGGAGAGCGUUCCCGUGUCUGGGUCGUUACAUUUAUUUAACAGUAGUGGCUUCAUUUAUGGGCCGUGCAUUCUCACUCCCCUUCAAAUUGCUUGCAGGAAGACGACCUGGUUAAUUAAGAUUGCAAAGUGUUUUCUGAAUGCUCUACAUCAAUUCGAGUGCCUUCGGGCUGUUCUCUUACACAAUUCUUCUAAAAGACUCUCGCCUGCCAUAAUACUUUGA